UACUCAAAAUUUCCCCCAACCUUUGACGCGACAAGCAACAUCAAGAAAUCUCACCAAAUGGAAGGCGAGGAGCAGCAGAGGGUGAAGACGACGAGCCAAUGGGUGUCCCACGUCGAGCACCUGCUCGACGCCGGCGGCAACCCAUCGGAGGAGGAGGCGAGGCGGUGGCGGAGGCAGUCGGUGUACCGCGUGCCGGCGUACAUCAAGCAUCGCACCUCCUACGGCGCACCGCAGCUGGUGUCGCUCGGCCCCUUCCACCACGGCGUCCCCGAGCUCCGGCCGGCCGAGGAGCACAAGGAGAGGGCGCUCCUGCACCUGCUCCGCCGCGGCGGCGGCGGCGGCGAUGGGCGGCGGCUGCGGCUGGGUAGCCUCGUGGCGUCGAUGGAGGAGGUGGUGGUGGAGCUGCAGGACGCGUACCAGGGGCUGGGCGCCACCAAGUGGAGGGACGACCGCGACGGGUUCUUGAAGAUGAUGGUCUUGGAUGGGUGCUUCCUGCUCGAGGUGAUGCGCGCGGCGGCCGAGGCGGCGCAGGGCGACGGUGACGGCGAGGGCGUGGGCGGAGGCUACGCGGCGAACGACCCCGUGUUCAGCCGCCACGGCGAGCUGUACGUGUUCCCGUACGUCCGCCGCGACAUGCUCAUGAUCGAGAACCAGCUGCCGCUCCUCGUGCUCCAGCGGAUCGUCGCCUUCGUCCACGGCGGCGCCGCCCCUGAAGCGAGCGACGACGCGAUCAACAACAUGGUGCUCAGCUUCGUGUCGAUGAUCCCUGACCCGCCGGCGAUGAGAGGCGGCGGCGGCCUGGCGCUCCACCCGCUCGACGUCUGCCACCGGAGCCUGCUCCAUGGCUCGCCGCCAAGGCCGUGCCAUACGGGGAGGCGAGAGGAGUUCGUGCCGUCGGCGACGGAGCUCGACCAGGCGGGCGUCCGGUUCCGUCCCAGCCGGACGCGCAGCCUCCACGACAUCAGCUUCCGCCACGGCGCGCUCCGCAUCCCGCGCCUCGCCGUGGACGACACGACGGAGCACAAGCUGUUCAGCCUGAUGGCAUUCGAGCAGCUGCACGGCGCCGGCGCCAACGAGGUGACGGCGUACGUGUUCUUCAUGGACAACGUGAUCAAGUCCGGCGACGACGCGCGGCUGCUGGGCGCGAGCGGCGUGGUGUCCAACGGGCUGGGCAGCGACGAGGCGGUGGCGGAGAUGUUCAACCGGCUGGCGAGCGAGGCGGAGCUGGACCGGCGGAGCGCGCUGCACGGCGUGCACGGGGAGGUGAACGCGUACAGGGAGAAGCGGUGGAACCAGUGGCGCGCCAGCCUCGUCCGCAACCACGCCGGCAACCCGUGGGCGAUCGUCUCGCUCGUCGUCGCCUUCGUGCUCCUCGUCCUCACCGUCUUGCAGACCGUGUACACCGUGCUGCCCUACUACCAGGAGCAGGCGGCAGCCGGCGAGGCUGCUCUCCGCGAACUCUGACGGCAUGAUCUAGUGGGAAAUCGAUCAGUGUGUUUUUAGCUUAAUUAGCCUUGCUGUUCCCUUGAUUUUGUUGAAAUUGAUAAAAUGGAGAAACAAUCGGAGAAGAGAA